AUGGUCUACAUUCGUCACAACGAGCUGCCGGCGCUGCGCGAGUACAAGUACUCGGCGGUGGACCGGUCGCUCGUGUCCAAGUACAUCCUGAAGCCGUUUUACACGAAUUUCGUCAUUCACCUGUUUCCCAUGACGAUGGCGCCCAACAUGAUUACGCUGACGGGCUUUGUAUUUGUCGUCGUCAACUUUCUGACGCUGCUGUGGUACAACCCGACGCUGGACCAGGACUGCCCGCCGUGGGUGUACUUUAGCUGGGCCAUUGGUCUGUUCCUGUACCAGACGUUUGAUGCCGUCGACGGCGCCCAGGCUCGUCGCACCAAGCAAUCCGGUCCUCUCGGUGAACUCUUUGACCACGGCGUCGACGCCCUCAACACAUCCCUCGAAGUCCUCAUCUUUGCCGCCUCCCAGAACAUGGGCCAGGGCUGGAAGACGGUCGCCGUCCUCUUUGCCUCGCUCCUCACCUUUUACGUCCAGACCUGGGACGAGUACCAUACCAAGACACUCACGCUCGGCAUUGUCAACGGCCCCGUCGAGGGCGUUUUGAUCCUCGUCCUCGUCUACGCCCUCACCGGCUUCCUCGGCGGCGCCCAUGUUUGGCAGCAGAGCAUGCUGCGCGCCUUCGGCCUCCCGGACAACAUGGGCAUCCCCAUGGCCAUUUACAACCUGUCCUUUACCGAGUGGUACCUGGUCCAGGGCACCGUCGUGCUCGUCUUCAACACGAUUGAGUCUUCGCUCAACGUCAUCCGCGCUCGCCGUGCCCGCGGUGACAACACGCGCGGCGCCCUCAUCGGUCUCGGCCCCAUCUUUUCCGUUUGGUUCCUCGUCGUCUCGUACCUGAAGCUGCAGCCCGUGAUCCUGCGCAACCACCUGGUGCCGUUUGCCAUUUUUGUCGGCCUCGUCAACGCCUACUCGGUCGGCCGCAUGAUUACCGCGCACCUCCUCAAGCAGGACUUCCCCUACUACAACGUGCUCGGCGCGCUGCUCAUGAUUGGCGUCGCGGAUUCCAUGGGCCCCAUCCUUGCUGAGCACCUUGGAUUCGGCUGGCCGAGCGCCUUGGGCGACGGCCCGUACCAGAUUGCCUACGUCUUCUUCAUGCUGGGCACCGCCUUUGGCGUCUACGGAAGCUUCGUCGUCGAUGUCAUUGUCACGAUUUGCGACUACCUCGAUAUUUGGUGCCUCACUAUCAAGUACCACCACGUCGAGGACGACUCUACCACCAAGGCUCCCGAGCCUGCGUGGUCCAAGACGCAAAAGACGCACUAA